AUGGCGCGGCUGGCCGUGGUCACAGGCGCCAACAAAGGUGUCGGGUUCUACGUCGCUCGACAGCUUCAGGAAGCCGGCCUACGGGUCGUCAUCGCCUGUCGCAGUCCGGAGCGCGGCUCCGAGGCAGCGAGGCGCCUGGGCUGCGAGUUCGAAGUCCUCGACUUGGGCUCCGAUUCAUCCAUCGAAGCUUUUGCCUCCACCAUGGAGACGAAGUAUCAGCAGUUGGAUGUUCUUGUCAACAACGCCGCCAUUGCCUUCAAAGCCGCUGAUCCUACGCCCUUCAAGGAUCAGACAGUGCCAACGCUCGCCAUCAACUUUUUCGCGACCAUGCGGCUCACCGAUCGGCUGCUGCCGCUGCUUCGCGGGUCGGCCGCGGCCGGGCGAGAGCCGAGGGUGGUCAACGUGGCAUCCAUGGCCGGCAAGCUGAGGCAACUUAGCCCGGCUUUACAGUCGGAGUUUGCUUCGCCGAUGUUAGACCGUCCCAGGCUCGUCGCGCUGGUGCAGAGUUUCGUGGCCGCGGUGCAGUCCGGGAAGCAUCGGGAGCAGGGCUGGGGAAGCUCUAACUACGGCAUGUCGAAGCUGGCAGUAAUCGCGUAUACGAAGAUGCUGGCGCGAGAGGAGGGCUCAGCCAUGCGGAUCAACGCCAUCUGCCCGGGCUACUGCCGUACAGACAUGUCGUCGAACCGCGGUGGGCAGAGCCCAGAGGUCGGUGCACGCACGGCGACCACGGCAGCACUCCUGAGCGCACAAGGGCCCACGGGUGCUUUCUUCGAGCACGAACGGGAAUCCAGCUGGUAA